UGCAAAGUAUCAGCGUUGGCAUGCCAUCAUUGGUGUUUCAAUCGUGAGAUGUGCGGCUUUGGUGUCAAGCUGGUAGCCUAGACCUGAAAUAUUGUCACACGGUAUGACUUUUUUUAUGUCAUGAAAUGUAGUGGGAGUUAUAUCCGAGCCCGGUGCCCAGCCCUGUCGAUAUGUCAUUAGACUUCGUUUUUGAAGAAUGCGACGAGGCGCUGGAGAUGCACAAACCUGGACGCUAUUCUCACUCUCACCUGUCUCCAGCAUUCAGCGUGUCUCACCAGGAGACUUUGCAUCGUUUGCCCGAUGGUGGAGAGAUCGGGAGGAGAUGGGAGGAGAAACCCCUGCUCCAAUGGACGAUGGAGGACAUCGUUGACUGGAUCUUCGCAGUGGCCAUGACAAGAAAUGUGGACUACAAGAAGAUUCGAAUGUAUGGCUUCAACAGCCUCACCGGGGCUCAGCUGGCAACGCUGGACGAAGAGGAAUUCCUUCGUCGAGACCCCGAAUAUGGGCGCCUUCUCUUUCAAAACCUGGAGGAGAGGAAAGUGAAGGAAAAUUCCCGAUCCGUCGACCAGCCGAGGCAUUUUGUCUUUGGGCCUUCGGAAAACUUCAACCAACAAGUGGGUGGAGGAGGAGGAGGAGUUGUGGUGAAAGUGGAAAAUGGAGGAGAAGAAUGCGAAAGAGCAGCUUCUCGUCCCCGAAUUCCCCUUCAUGAAGACACGGAUGAAGGCAAUGAAAGCGAUGUGGACAGUGACAACUGCAGCAGUGAUCCGAGUCUGUCAGAAGAACAAGUGGAUGGAGAAGUAGAUGGGGAAGGAGAAGAGGAAGUGAACAUGGAAGAAGAGAAUCGCGAGGAGAAUGUGUGUAAGCCGAGGAGGAGGGGACGGGACGGACCCAAGAGGAAGCAUCUCUGGGAGUUCAUUCGAGAUCUCAUCCUCGAGCCAGGGAACACGGACAUCGUGAAGUGGGAAAAUCGACGGGAGUUGACGUUCCGCAUAGUGAACAGCCACAAAAUGGCUAAUCUCUGGGGCCAAUAUCGGGACAACACCGGCAUGACCUAUGACAAGAUGAGCCGGCUCAUGAGGUACUACUACAAGCGAAAAGUUCUUCAGCCAGUGUUGGGGAGAAGGCUGAUUUACAAGUUCGGUCCGAAUGCCACUGGAGUGGUGUCCGACGGGGAAUGAAAUUCGAUCGGUCCUGAGCCAUAUAUUCGGUUAUUGACGGAUUCCAUUCGCGGAUGUUUUAUCAAGUGGAGUGAGGGAAUUCAUUCGGUUGAAUGAUGGGGAUGUCAUUUGUGAAAUUUCCAUUAACAUGGAUCUAGUCAGGUUUAUCGUCGCUUCCUCUCAACAAGUACAUCGGUGGGCACACAUUUGUACUUUUUUUUUCCUGUUUACCUUGAAGCUCAUCCGGUCCGAUAUUCUGUGAUGUAAUAAAAGGAUUUGCUCCUUUGGUAUAAUUAAUACAUUUUAGCUGGUUUUCCCACACUCACGAAGAUGCGUCAAAUGCGUCAAGGAUGAGAAAGGUGUUGCAUUGAGUAAGAACUGCAAUUGAAAGAAAUGUUUCCUCUCUAGUUAUCCCUGUAGCAGAACAGCUUAGAAGUUUUCAGAGCCAAGUCUCAAAAUCCUGACCGUAUCCGGGAAUCACCGAGGAGUUGAUAAUGUCCUGGCCCUAAUUUUAGCCCUAAGUUUAGUGCAGCAGUGAACAUUACUUAGAAAAUGUGUGUGUCACCAUGAACAAUGCAUGGAAUUCUUAGACAUGAUGGGGAAUUGUAGAAUAUCUCCUUUUGGGGUCAAGCAUGAUACGAGGGGUGUUUGGAAAGUAAUGCCUGUUUGCCUAUAUGAAGUAUAAAGUAGUCGGUAAACGAAAAUAGGGGGAAUGUAAAUUAGGGAUGGGUUCUUUCAUCCUUGCAUAUUUGGUUCCAGUGCAUUAUAUUUUCAAAUGGAAACUAAACUUAAAGAGCUGCAAAUUAAUAUUUGGUGAAGGAAGGCUGUUUAAGUGUGGACAUUCAUAAACGGUUGAAAUAUGUGUUUGAUGAAGAAACAAUCGCUUCAAGUAAUGUUUGUACUUGUUCCCUUGUUUGAACCAAUGAAGGAUGGUUUGCAUGGAGGACGAUUUGAUGGUGCGGAUGAAAUUAAGGGAGUAACCUUAACCCUUUUUAUACGGACUGAAUUUGGCUACUGUAGUCAAUAUCACGGAAGAUUUAAUUAGACGAACACUAGCGCAAACUAUAGUGGCCAAACGAUUCAAAUGGAUUUAGGGACGAGCAUCGAGUCCGACAUAUCGACCCGCUGUGUUAAGAGGGUUAUUUGAAUGCGAUGGAGUGGUUGAAGAAAACAUAUGAAUUUAAAAAAAAGUAUUUGAACGUUGGGUUGAGAGGAGGCGCCAAUGUGUUGCUGGAAAUAGAAAUUACUCCGAAAUGCAGACAAUUGUUCCUCUGUCACCUUUAUGAAUGUGCCAACUUUUAUUUUUGUAGGAUUUGAAAUAAAAAAGUUAUACCCAAA